AUGGAAACAGUUCGCUAUACUAUUAAACGCCCGGCUCGUCGCGGCGGCUAUACUCUUGUCGGCACGGCGACCUUCGGGCUGCGGUUUAUUGACGCACCCACGGGGUGGCCACACGGCAUCUGUGCUGUCUCCAGGGUCACGUAUCGCUCUGGGGUUUUACCGAGUAUCGCGACGCCGUACGUGCGUCGCUGCCGGGAUGCAGUAAUAUCUACUCAGGCGCUAUCCACACUUUCCAGCUGGUUGAUCCGGCUUUGUGCCUUCCACCCGGGGUGGUUCGAGGCAUCUGUGUCUAUUGGCCGAGGACGCGACCCUGCAACAUCAACGCACUUUCGCUCACCCGCAUUGGGAUUCUUUCCCCAUUUGGACCCUACACCCAAAGGAGUGCAACACCUCCUCGUUUCAACUAGACCUUUCGCUUGCCAGAGGAAGAGUAUAAUCACGAGGACGUGA